AUGGCUCCUCCGCAACAAAUUGUGGUUGAGCCUAUGACUCAGCAGCUCCUCGUCCAAAAGGCUGGUGAGGACUGGACAGGGGUCACUAGCACUGCAGAAAGACGAAAGUUGCAGAACCGACUAAACAAAAGAUCGCAAUAUCUCAGAAAGCGACAGAAGCUUGAGAAACCCAGGAUCGCCGCCAGAGCCGAUUUACAGGCUACAUCAAACACUCCAGAAGACACCACCUUGCAAAGAUCUCCAAACGCCAUGAUGCAGGCUAUUAUAGAGACGUGCGAGAUAUUCGAAAGUCCAGAUAUCAGUCAAAGAGUAUUCGCUCUCGCAAGCAUGGCGUAUCUAGACUACGUAAUGAAUGCUCCGCGCAUCUCACAACUGCCAAUCCUCAUCACAUUAAACGUCAAUAUCGCCAUCGCCAAGAAUGCUACAUUGAUGGGAUUUGAUCGAGAACGCAUGUGCAUGGAUGAAGCGAUAUCACCUUUCAAUCAAAACGGACCGUGGCCAUCUUUUUACAACCCACCAAAAGCCUUGGAACCUACGUCAGUGCAAAAGACUGUGCUUCAUCAUCCUUGGCUCGACAUAUUUCCCUUCCCAAAGUUUAGAGAUAAUGCUAUUUUGGCAGCAGAUGCGGCGUUGUUGGAUGAUGGAGAGCUUUGUGAGGAUAUUGCAGAAGUCAAUUUGAUGAAUACUGAGAGGCCAAGCUUGAUCGUUUGGGGGGAUGCUUCAAUUCCGCACUCUUGGGAGGCUUCGCCUUUGUUUCUUUGGAAAUGGGCCGUAUUUCAACAAUUAGCAACGGUCGUGUGGCCCAAUGGCAAGGCGUCUGACUACGAAUCAGAAGAUUCUGGGUUCGAUCCCCAGCAUGAUCAUAUUUUUGCGCUUGGAGACCCGGUUACCUCCCUAGUGUCUGUUAGUCUCUUCUUUUUGGUGUGGGAAGAGUCAUACAACCACGGGACUGCUUUGCAUGCGUCACUAAGCAGAGUGGUGGCCUGA